AAAAAAAAAAAGUGGAAACUUUUUUCUCUGUCCAUUUCACCCAAGUCCUGAAAAAUCAGAAUGGAAUUAGAGAAAAACUACGCGACUCCAAGGACUGGCAGAACAGGACAUGGAGGAGUGAAUCAGUUAGGGGGUGUUUUUGUGAAUGGUCGUCCACUUCCUGAUGUUGUGCGCCAGAGGAUCGUGGAACUUGCCCAUCAAGGUGUCAGACCGUGUGACAUUUCGAGGCAGCUACGGGUCAGCCAUGGUUGUGUCAGCAAAAUUCUUGGCAGGUACUAUGAAACCGGGAGUAUUAAGCCUGGAGUGAUUGGAGGAUCAAAACCAAAGGUCGCCACACCCAAAGUUGUCGAAAAAAUCGCAGAGUAUAAACGCCAAAAUCCCACCAUGUUUGCCUGGGAGAUCAGGGAUAGACUUCUAGCCGAGCGAGUGUGUGACAACGACACCGUGCCCAGCGUCAGUUCGAUUAACAGGAUCAUACGGACCAAGGUACAGCAGCCAUGUCACCCCUCUCCUGAAGGCAGUGGGACUUUGUAUACAUAAGGAAUACAGGAUCCCCUGCAAUCUGUGACCUCCACAGGGUCUGUGACCCAAGUGUCUUCAGUGAACACUGACUCAGCAGGCUCCUCCUACUCCAUUAGUGGAAUUCUGGGAAUUACAUCCCCCAGUGCCGAAAGCAACAAACGCAAACGAGAUGAAGGUAUUCAGGAAUCUCCAGUACCAAAUGGCCAUUCCCUCCCGGGUAGAGAUUUCCUUCGGAAGCAGAUGCGAGGAGAUCUUUUCACUCAGCAGCAGUUAGAAGUGUUGGAUCGAGUCUUCGAGAGGCAACAUUAUUCUGACAUUUUCACAACAACUGAACCCAUCAAACCAGAGCAGACAACAGAAUACUCAGCCAUGGCAUCAUUAGCUGGUGGGUUAGAUGAUAUGAAAGCCAAUAUAACAAGCCCAACUUCAGCAGAUAUAGGGGCCAGUGUUCCAGGACCACAAUCAUAUCCUAUUGUGACAGGUCGUGAAUUGGCAAGCACAACCCUCCCAGGAUACCCUCCUCACGUCCCCCCUGCCGGACAGGGCAGCUACUCUGCUCCAACGCUGACAGGAAUGGUGCCUGGGAGUGAGUUCUCUGGAAGUCCGUACAGCCACCCACAGUAUUCAACGUAUAAUGACUCCUGGAGAUUUCCCAACCCUGGAUUGCUAGGCUCUCCUUACUAUUACAGUGCUGCAGCCCGUGGAGCAGCACCUCCGGCAGCGACUGCUGCCUACGACCGCCACUGA